AUGGAUUCGGAAGCUCGAAUUAAGAAGAUAAUGGAGGCAACGGGAUGCUCACACGAUGUUGCAAGAAAAGCAGAAAAUGAAUCCCAGGGGAAUUUGGAUCUUGCCAUAAAAAUAGCUGGGAGGAAGGGAAACGUCCUGUACUCCGGGGGGAAAAGUGGGCUAUACGUCGAGGAAAGGCCUUCAAGAAAAUCUAUAACUCAAUACAAGAACGGGAUCCUGGUGGAAGAUAAAUUCUACGACUUCUCGGUGGAUGAUAACAUUAGACUUAGAGAAAUGCUAGAAAAAAAAACUUUCGAUGCGUCACUACUAGGACUGCAUGGAGACACUGCCGAGGUCAUCUAUACUGAAAAGCCGGAUGAGGAAUACAGGGAGAACUCGAAGGCUCCAGAGGCUAAGGCAAGGCCCUCGUUUGUGGGGGAAGGAAGGCGUCUGGGAGAUUCGAGCAGAGAAAUUCCUCAUGUUAACAUACCAGACAUGCUAGAAAUAGCCAAGGAUGGUAAUGUAUUAUUCAAAGUCAUGAUCGGGAGCAAGAGAGUCACGGUCAGAAUGCUCAGGUCUCAGACUGUGGGAGACUUCUUUGAUUACAUCGAGAGAUACUAUGACUUCGGUCUUGUCCUGUCUAGCAACGGGAAGGAAAUCCCCCCGAGCCAUAGUGUUGAAGAAAUCUCAAACAAGCUAGUACUUCUUAGCAGAAGAUGA